AUGUCUGGCGAAACACUGGAGUUCAGUGGAUGCAAUUUCUUCCGAAUCAGACUAGCAUACUCGAUUCUCAGUGGUAGGCCUAUUCGAAUUGUUAACAUCAGAAAAAACGAUGAUAGACCAGGAAUCCGUGAUUUCGAAGCAAAACUGAUUGGUCUGCUCGAAAAAGUUACAAACGGCACAAAAGUAGAAAUCAGUCGUACCGGUACACAAGUAACGUUCAGACCGGGAAUGAUUACUGGUGGAAUUGUUAACGUGGAUUGUGGAACUGAUCGAUGCAUCUCAUACUUUUUGGAGCCCUUGAUCCUGUUAUCUCCGUUUUGUAAACUGGCUAUGACAAUCAAGCUGAAAGGAGUGACAAAUGCACCUGGUGAGCUCUCAGUAGAUGGAAUGAAAGCUUCUUGGUUGAAAGUUUAUAAUAAAUUCGUGCUGAACGAUGAGAAACUGGAUAUCAAGAUUCAAUGCAGAGGAUUAAAGCCUGAAGGAGGUGGAGUUGUUAUUUUUACGGCUCCAAUCGUCAAAACACUGCGCCCAGUGAAGCGUCAGCAAGUCGGAAAAGUUUGCAAAAUUCGUGGACAGGCUUACGUUUCAAAAGUCACUCCGUCACUUGCCUACCGAAUGAUUGACGCAGCAAAGAAAGCAAUGCACGGAUAUAUUGCAGACGUCUUCAUUGCUGUUGAUCAACGGAAAGGAGACGCCGGUGGAGCAUCCCCAGGAUAUGGACUAUUCCUCACUGCUGAAACAACGGAGGGUGUUGUUUAUCAGGCUGAAGCUAUUUCAAGACCAAAGGGAGAACCUGGAAAUCCUAUUCUUCCGGAGGACAUUGGAAUCGAGGCGGGACACUCUCUUCUUCAACAAAUUUACAUGGGUGGUGCACUAGACAGCAGUGCCCAAGUUCUCGCCAGCACGUUCAUGACUCUUUGCCCUAAAGAUGUAUCGCAUUUCCUCUACGGACCUUUACCAAUGUACAGCGUUCACACUCUACGUCAUCUCAAACAAUUUUUUGAAAUUGAAUUCAAAAUGGAAGAUUACCGAAAAGUUCAAAAAGAGGAUGAAGCAGAUCUCAGAACAGGAAGUCUUGAUAAGGCAAUGAUCACAGCUGUCGGAAUGUCACUUGUGUGGCGUCUUCUACGAGAUGAGAUCGAGGCUGGUAGUAUUGAAAUCGAUACACUGAACGCUGACCCAGAUGAACUGAAAGAUAUUCAGACGCUUUUCCCAAAAAUUUUUGCAAAUGAGUUUGUUUCACCGGCCAUUGAACAUGAAUCAACAUUGGAAAACUCUACGACUCUGAUAUCUUACGAGUCAACAAUGCAAUCAACAGCUGAUCAUCAUGUUCUUCCGUAUCUAACAGAAUCAUUCGAACAGUUCGAAACACUCGGAGAAAUCGAAACCAUUGGUACGACCGAAAACGAGGACUCAGAUUGCGAGAUUAUUUACUCUGGACCAGCAUUAUUCUUACCACUUGCAAUGCCAAAAACUGAACUCUUCGAUAAGGACUACGGGAUUUCCGAACAAGAGAAAAGUGAGGAAUCGGAACGAUUGAAGGCAGCAAAGCAGUACCGAAAAGCGUUGCUGAGUGGAAAAACGAAGACAGCUUUACUACAGAAGAAACGUAAACAAAAACGGCAAAGCAAAAUUUACCGUGAAAUCGUUUAUGAGAAGAUGUCGACCAAAUUCGCAAUUCCGCCGGAAGACUUCCGAGAUGUUGUUGAUGAAAUUAUGAAGGAAGAGUUUCCAGAUCAUCAAAUUGAAACUGGUGCAAUCAUGGCUCUUCAACAUGAAUCGGAGAUGAUGCUUACAAAGAUGAUGUGUCUCGCAAGUCAUUUAGCUGACUACGCUGACCGCGAAACUUUGAGAAAAAAAGACAUCGACUUCCUCAAAUUCUUGAUGUCUAAAAACAUGGAAGGAUGCUCGUUUGCAAUGUAG